GGCUGCGGCCGAGCCGAGCCGUCCGACGGCGGUGUAUGCAGAAUACUUUUGUUGAAACAACUAACUAGACAUCUGCACGAAGGAAUAUAUUUGCAGGGAGGGUGAAGAGGAACCUCCCUUAGGAUACACUACAGUCUGGUGACCAGGGGACUCCUGCAACGUGGGACAUACAAGCUUGGAUCUUAUUAGACGAAGGAGGCAUUGAACGGUGAGCAAUAAUGAAUCAAACGGACAAAAAUCAACAGGAAGUCCCAUCAUACCUUCAUGAUGAACCACCAGAAGGUUCAUUAAAAGACCACCCGCAGCAGCAGCCUGGAAUGCUUUCUCGUGUGACUGGUGGCCUCUUCAGUGUCACGAAGGGAGCUGUUGGUGCCACAAUCGGGGGUGUUGCUUGGAUUGGAGGGAAGAGCUUGGAAAUUACCAAAACAGCUGUCACAUCUGUGCCUUCAAUGGGAGUGGGGCUAGUCAAAGGAAGUGUUUCUGCUGUGGCUGGAGGUGUUACAGCUGUAGGAUCUGCUGUUGCAAGUAAAGUGCCUUUAACAGGAAAGAAAAAGGAUAAGUCUGACUAAAACCAAAACUGAGACGUACUUGAUUCUCCAGAAUAUUACAUCAGUGGCAUUAAAAUCUGCUAAGAUUUGGACCAUGAGAAGCCAUGUGUCUUAGACACUUUAUCUUCUAAAGAGCUGUGCAAGUAACUCUAUUUCAUCUGAAAAAGACAGAAGAAGCUUGGCUAGCACAGAAUAUGAAGAUUUAUUAGAGCCUAGAUUGAAGCUUUGUAUCUGGUGAAAUGUUACACUUGAUAACUAUAGAAGUGAGUAAGUGUAUCUGAAGGGAUAAUACAUAUCUGAAUAUUCAUUUACUGUAAGUCUUUUGCAGUUUUGGACUAAAAUGUGAACAUAGAAACUUGGUAAUCUCUGCCGUACCAUCAAUAUCACGAGAUGCCAUUUACUGUUCUCAGUGGUUUCCACGUCCUCCUGCUAAGGAUCCUUCAGCCGUGUAAUGGCACUGUUGGACGUACCCAAAUAGUUUCGGUUAUGAAACUGUAUUUGCAGGCAGCCUGUAAACUCUCAGUGACUGCAUUCUGCCAGUGCGGACUGGAGCAAACAGAACUGGAGGUGUGCAGAAAUUGGAAAUGAGAGUGGGAGAUAGGAGUGAGAAAGUUUGACAACAUGGUAGAAGGGAUCAUAAAGAGUAAACUAACUUAAUGCCUUAUUAGAAAAAAUAUCUUUUUACUAGGUGAAGCUGUGUAAAGAACCGUCCUAUCAUUUCAGUGCAGUUCACAGAAUGAGCUGUAGACUCUCUUUACGAAUCCCGAUAUCUGAAACCCUGUCAAUUUUUACUGAAAGCAAGAUUGCUCCAUCUCAGGUGUAUUUAACGAUACGCAUCUAUCUCCUGCAAGUGAAAACUUGCUUCUAAUAAACUUCUUAUAGACACUAGAAAAAAUGAUGGCUUAAUGGAAACUGGGCUGAUGUUUGUGGUCAUCUAGCACAACUGUCUGACUUGAAAGAAAUUCCUUUGUGUAGUUGGAAACCACUGAAGAACUAGGAAAGCUGUUGUCUCAACUCCAUGAUGCGCCAGGUUAGCUUGCUCUGUUGAAGCAAAUACAAGGAAUUUUUCACUACAUCUUUCUCUCAUACUUUGCAUUUUGAUUUUUGAGUAAAAUGCAAUACUUCUAUUUAAAACAAACCAAAAAGGGUAGAUGAGGCCUUAAAAAAAAAAAAAUCAUCAUCCAAGUAAAUUGUAUACUGACAGAUUCCAAACGUUGACACACCUCAAAUGGGAACAUCUGUAGGUUCUCUGCAGCAUGUGAGAGGCAAAAUGCACUUGUAACGACACAGCUUGAGGUUGCCUUAAAAUAGAAGCUGUUGGUGAUCUCUUUUUUCUUGUGUGUGCGUGUACUGAUUCUGCAAAUAAGUAACCUCUUUGGAAGCCUGUAGAAGGUGGCUGUGAAUGUUGUGUAUGCAGUAUUUUCUAAAAACUUGUGUUCCUCCAGAGAACUUCUAAGCAAGUAAGCUUACUUUUUCAGUGGCUAUGGUUGUACAGGAAGGAUAUAUAGGGAGACGACUUAGAAAUUAAAAAAAAUCAAAACAUAUCACUUGUCUAAAACUUAGUCCUAUAUUCAUGGGUGCUGCAAGUAUGCUAUGUGUAAAUUAUGGUACAGUAGUCACCUAGUCUCUCUGAGCCAUUGGUACUUCAACUGCACUCUGGAACAACUUUAUUUGAUAUCAGUAAUUGUAUAUGUUGGUAGUACGGUAUUCAUAAGUGUGGGGAUUUGGGGCGGUGGGGAAAGCAAAAACCCAACAAAUGGUAUUAUCUGCUCCUUUUGUUAGAUGCACCAGCUGCUUAGCUCCAAUCUGCUGCAAGGUUGUGAUGAGGUAAGUUUAUGCAACAAAUGGAAGACUUUAACUGUUCUUUAUAGUCAAAAGCUAAUCGCAUAGAAUAUAGCAUAGUUUAAGGAUACCAGUUAGCUCUAGAAAUGAGCUAGCUUGGAUAUCUGCAGCAAAUAAUUUAGUAUGGUCUGCUCCCCUGCAGUUUCCAAUGUAGAUGUAUCCCCAGUGUGCUACCACUGAACUUCUAAGAGUCAUCUGUUUGGAGCAUAGUGGUAUUUGUGGCAGUCAACCAAACCCUUCCUAAUCGUUUUCUGAAAACAUAUGUUGAACUGGUCAUACCCCUUUUUUUAAUGACAUUCUCUAACUUUUAUACUAUGAAACUUGCCGCAAAACAAGCGUGAUCCGAGAUAAGCAAUGUUAGACCUGUAAGAGCUGCCAACACUUCAUUAUGUUUUGUUCUUAACAUAUCCUGUAGUUAUUACUUCUGCAUCUUGUAACUGAAACACUUUAACAUGGCAUAUGGUUUUAGUUUUCGAAAAGAGCUUUGUCUUAUAUCCUGCGUAUUUUCCGUUCACUUAUGAAACUUGCUUCGUCUUAAAAACUUGUUCUGAUUCUGUCCUGACACUUGUGAAACAUUAAAUUGUUGCUGUUUCAGACAUUUAAAA